CUGCUGGGCUACCCGCUGGGCGAGACGGUGGCGGGGGAGGGCGCCAAGGCGGUGCUGGCAGACAACUUCCAGCAGGUGGCGCAGGCGGUGCUGCAGGCGUACGACGGCGGGGAGCUGGCGGCGGCGCUGGCCUCGGGCCACGAUGGCUACAAGAAGUGGGUGAACAGCGUGGGCAAGGCGCAGGGUCGCAAGGGCAAGCGCCUGUUCAUGCCCAUGCGCGUCGCCUUCACGGGGCGCAUGUCGGGGCCGGAUGUGGGGGAGGUGCUGGCCAUGCUGGCGCUGGAGGAGGGUGACGUGGCGGAGGAGGGCGCCUACGUGGCGCUGUCGCAGCGCAUGGACCAGCUGCGCGCCUGGCUGGCGGCCAACCCCGCGCCGGCGGCCGCGCCAGAGGAGUGA